AUGCCAAAAGUUAUUCUUUCGUCAAAGAAGUAUGUAUCGGACUCGGUUUACCUUGACAAAUGGAUUGUUCCAUCCUUAGUAGCUCAUAUUAAGCACCAGUCUCUAAAUCAAGCAUGGUGCACUGUGCGUGAUUUCAUUCCUCCCCUUCCUCCGCAUAUGACAGAUCCCAUCUUAGAACCUUCCAUAAUGUCGAAUACUAGGCACUUCUUAAGAAUUGUACGUUUUAAAAGUAUACAAGAUUUCAAAGUAUGUGCAAUUGGUAGAGACGCAGAAUGUUACGUACUUAGUUGAAUUCACUCCCAAAUGCGUAAUAGAAUUUGAGAAUAAAUAUAAGCAAAGAAUUACAGCGAAUACUGUUAACACGUUAUUCCUAAUUGGCAGUGUUUCAAUAAUGUAUACAAGUCGGCUUGAGGUCGAGAGUGAAUUUGGGAUGUCAUUUCCUUCAUGGCCAAACAACACACUACCAAUUUUAAAAAUAAAUCAAUGCGCAGUGUUUGGAAUGGAUCAAGUUGAGUCUCAUAGACACUUCCAAAUGCUAUAUGAACACGAGAAAUACGUAAAUGCUACUCGUAUUUCCUCACGUAGGGGUUAA